AUGUCUGUCCUCCGCAAACUUUCCAAACACGUUCAUCCCAACGGGGGUGACUCCCCAAAGCUCAGCGGGGAGAUUUCCCCAGUCUCCUCUCAAAGUCCUGGGCCUCACCGCCGAUCCCUGGCCCAGUUCCUUCAUCUGGACAAAGACAGUUUCUCCAGCGACAACGAAUCCGAGAUGAGUGACUUUGACAGCGAUGGCAUGAGCAAGAAUGCACAAAAGAGGGCGAUCAUAAAACAGAGAAAGCAUGAACACCGCUCAAGGCUGAGCCUUGAGAAUCGGGAUGAUUCUGAAGAGCGCACCAAGAAGAGGCUGGAGGAGGCCGCCAAAACCGAGACUGAAGAAAUGAAGGGCCACUAUGGCGAUCUGCCUCUCAUGCAGUCCACCACCCGCCAUGCCACGAACCGCAUUGACAUCAGCACCAUUACCGAAGAGAUGGCCGACAAAGAGGUCACCUUCCGCUGCAGGCUUCACCACGUCCGUAACAUGGGUGCCAAAUUGGUCUUCCUCAUCUUCCGACAACAGAUCACCACCAUCCAGGGCGUGCUCGUGGAGGAACCUGGCAAGGUCUCUGCGAUCAUGAUCCAUUGGGCGGAGCAUUUGCGCACCGGUAAUAUUAUGCUGGUUAAGGGUAUCCUUCAGAAGCCGCAAAUCCCAGUAAAAUCGGCUUCCAUCCACACUGUAGAGGUGAAAGUAACCGACUUGCACGUCAUCGUUAAACGGGCCGAGCCCGUUCCAUUCUCGGUUCAGGAAGCCGAGUUGACCAUUCUCAAUGACGGACAAAAAGUCGAUGGCCGCCAAAGUCAAAUUCCCGACCGCGUCAGACUCACGAACCGUAUCAUGGACUUGCGGACUGCCACCUCACAGUCUAUCUUCCGCAUCCAGGCAGCCGUGGGCAAUCUUUUCCGAACUUCGCUUGAUGAUCUGCAUUUUGUUGAAAUACACACACCAAAACUCCAAGGUGCUGCAACCGAAUCUGGCGCGUCGGUCUUCAAGGUCAACUACUUUGGCCGUCCCGCAUUCUUAGCCCAGUCUCCCCAGCUUGCCAAACAGAUGGCCAUCGCGUCCGAUUUCGAGCGAGUCUACGAAAUUGGCGCCGUCUUCAGAGCUGAAAAUUCUAAUACCCAUCGUCACUUGACUGAAUAUACUGGCCUCGAUCUGGAAAUGGCCAUUGAGGAGCAUUACCAUGAAAUGAUGGAUGUUAUCGACACCACUCUCAAGAACAUUUUCAAGGGUAUCUACGCCAAAUAUCGCAGCGAAAUCGAAAUCAUCAAGGAGCAAUUCCCGAGUGAGGAUCUUGUGUGGUUGGAAGAAACCCCAAGAAUUCCAUUCCAAGAUGCUGUCAAACUUUUAACUGAUUCUGGAUGGCUGAACGAAGAUGGCGAACCAGUUUCGCCUCUUGAAGACCUUGCCACGAGAGAUGAGAUUCGUCUCGGCGAGCUUAUCAAAGAGAAAUACAAGACCGACUACUACAUCUUGGACAAAUUUCCUCGAUCAGCGCGACCUUUCUACACCAUGCCCGAUGCCAAGGACGAGAGAUACACCAACUCUUUCGAUGUGUUUGUUCGCGGUCAAGAAAUUAUCUCCGGAGGCCAACGUAUCCAUGAGUCCAAGAUGCUGGAGGACAACAUGCGCAUGGUGGGUAUCGACCCCGAUGACAUGUCCGACUACAUGGAAGGCUUUAAAUGGGGUGCUCCACCACACGCUGGCUGUGGUGUUGGUCUUGAACGUAUUGUCAUGCUUAUCCUCAAGCUCGGUAACAUUCGUCUGGCCUCGUUGUUCCAUAGAGAUCCCAAGUCAUUCCCACCCAAGCCUGCCGUCGAGAAACUUCGACACCCCGAGGCUGACACGUUGAAUCCGGUUUGGCGUCAAGAACGUGGACGCGAGGUUUCCGUCCAGGAUCGCAAGAUGCCAGAUCUUUACGAUCUUAUUGCCAACUAUGGUGAUGCCACUGCCACCUCCUGGGGCGAUGAAAGGUACAAGAUCUGGCGCCAUGCCGACACCGGCGCUGCAGUGUCUUACGUUCCUGUGGGUCAUUACGCCAUUCUUCCUGGUGAUCCUCUCUGUCACCCGAGCCAGUACUACCGUGUCGUCGUAUCCUUCCUCCAGUGGCUUAAGAAGGAAACUCGGCUCAAACCUCUUUGGCUUUUGAUCAGUCCAGAAAUGGAAGAAGUCCUUGGUGAACGUUUGGGUUGGAAAACACUUUCUUGCGUCGCAGAAGAGCGUGUCGAUCCCAACAAGAAGACUGCUGAGUCCGAUCCCGAAGUUGCCAGGAAGAUUCGCAAGGCUCAGGCUGAUGGGGUCAAGAUCACUGAUCUUGAUCCCAAAGAGCCGGUGCCUGAAUCGAUCAAGGAACGUGCAAAUGCAAGGGUCAAAGAUUGGCUGGCCAACCGCAAGGGCACACAGAUCCAUCUCUCCAACAUCGAUCUUUUCCGGGAUGAGAAGCACAGACGAUACUCGAUCGCAGAAGAUAAGGAGGGUACUCUUUGCGGUAUUGCAGUCAUGGCCGAAAUUGCUCCUCGCAGAGGAUGGCAAGCCAAGUACACCCUCGAUUUCCCAGGAGCACCCUCAGGAACGAUCGAAUACAUCACUACACACGCACUCAGUGUAGCUGCAAAUGCCGGUGUCAAGACCAUUACUUUCGGUGGUGGUGCAGCUGCUCAUUUGACUCCUGGUCACCACAUGAGUGGUACCAAGGUCAAGAUGUUGCAGGCUACAUACGAUGCUAUUGUGAAGCAGUUCAACCUAGCGAGAAAGUCGGAGUUCAGAGAGAAGAUGGGUGCCGUUGCUGAUCCUGUUUGGAUUGCUUACCCACCGCAUGGUCUUGGUUCUAGAGGUAUCAAAGCUAUUAUGCGGUAA